GUUCGGUGAAUCACAGAUGGGAUCGUAGAAGUGCUUCAAGUGCUGCUGCCGACACAGUGUCACAUCCUUGGGAUUAUUCAUGUCGGGCCCUGUGCUCAGAAAUGUUCCAGCCAGCUAAAGCCACCUGAAAAUGUGAUUUAUGAAAGCCACGGAGUGCAGGACUACACCUUUUCCUUUCUAAUGAGAACUAACAAAUCACCGUCCGCAGGCCGCUUAAACCAGAGAAGAAACUGUCGGCUGCAAAAUUAACAAAAAUGAACGCCCUUACAGCCCACUGAGGCCGUGGAGCUACCCAGCUGGAACUCAGGUUGAGAUGUGCUGGCUGUGGAAGCAGAUAUUAGCAAACGUGUAUGUCUUCACUUCUCUGUCUGUGAAAGGAAGACCCUGGAUCCCAUCUAAAGAGGUGAAGGCAGAGUGGCCACUGCAGUGGGUGUAGAUGUGCCUGACGAGAUGAAGAGCCGAAUCCCUGUGGUGCUUUUGGCCUGUGGCUCCUUCAACCCCAUCACCAACAUGCACCUGCGCUUGUUUGAGGUGGCCAGAGACCACCUACACCAAACAGGAAUGUACCAGGUGAUCGGAGGUAUCAUCUCUCCUGUCAAUGACAACUACAAGAAGAAAGACCUCGUGGCUGCCCGGCACCGAGUAGCCAUGGUCCAGCUGGCCCUGCAGACGUCGGACUGGAUCCGGGUGGACCCCUGGGAGAGUGAGCAGGCACAGUGGAUAGAGACAGUGAAGAUGAAGAAACGUAAGUUCAGAGAGGCUAAGUUACCUAAGUCACACAACAGGCAUCAUCACCGCGAACUGCUCAGAUCUCUGCCCCAGACGGAAGGCCCGAACCAAGGCAAGGCUGUGUCCAGGGUGCCUGCAGCUGUGCCUGAACUGAAGCUCCUCUGCGGGGCAGAUGUCCUGAAGACCUUCCAGACCCCUGACCUCUGGAAAGACGAGCACAUCCAGGAAAUAGUGGAGAAGUUCGGCUUAGUGUGUGUGGGCCGGGUAGGUCACGACCCAAAGGGGUACAUCUCAAGCUCCCCCAUCCUUCAGAGAUACCAGCACAACAUUCACCUGGCCAGGGAGCCUGUGCAGAACGAGAUCAGUGCCACGUACAUCAGGCGGGCCUUGGGCCAAGGGCAGAGCGUGAAGUACCUGCUCCCAGACGCUGUCAUCGCCUACAUCAAGGACCACAACCUUUAUACCAGGGGCAGUUCCUGCAAAGGCAAUAACACCCAGAACAACUUAGGAAAGACAAGCUAGGGAGGGCCAAACCCUCCUCCACCAAGCUCCUCCUGAGGAGAGGGCCGUUAAGGUCUUUCCUUUUUUUCAGCUUUUUCCUUUUUCCUUUGUUCUAGUUCAACAAUGAUUUUACUUCUGAAGAGUCUUCUAUCCCAGAAAGAGAUAACUUCUUUUGGUAGGAGCUAGUAUCUACACAAGAAUAGACGUUUAUCAAAAAAGUUCAAAUGGUGUAGCAGGUCAUUAGGAUUGGGCGAAAGCUCUCAGAAUCUCUGGGUGAAGAGACCUGCUUAUUUUGUAAAUGGUUGUAUGCACACUGGAGGUGGUUCCACGUAUGGCAGGGGCCCCUGACGGUCAGAUCAGAAUUGCCCACAAUGCAUUUUUUAACUAGGACCAGGUGCAGCAUGCUGGUCAUGAUUAGAAAAACUGGACAGAAUGCUAAUUACCAAACAGUGGGCUAUGUCAACGCCAUGUUGAAAACGAAAUAAUAACCGAAGAGUCAAAAACUUGGAAGCAGCACUUUGCUGAUUUACAGUGAAUCUUCUGUUAAGAACCGUGCUCUGCCUGUCCCCUGGAUGUUGAUAAAAUUUAAACUAAAAUUUUUCUAAGUAGUGAUCCUCCAACUAUUUUUGAAACAGCAAAUAUUUUUAGUGCAGCUCUUCUAUAAAUAUCAGGGCUCCUGGUUUCCAGGUUCCUGAAAAGGAACUGGGGUAAGACAGAUGCCUUGACUGUCUUAGAGGAUCUUUUUGAAUGUUUUAUGAUUGCCUGCCUGUUUGAGUAUUGGCAAAGGGCUAAAUAAUAAAUAGACAUCAAAAAGUA